AAUCCGACUUAACUCGCUUAUGAGUUAAGUCGUGUUAUUGAGAUGAAUUGAGCAAGACCAAGAAGGAUAACUCCUAGGCAUUCCUAUUAGUUUCGCUUCGGUUAACGUCGUCACUUUCCGCAACCCUGGUUGCCACGAAGCAUGCGCAAAGCCUCCUUCCUUUUGGAAAAUUCUAGAACAACGUAGAACAAGCAAUUCCGAAGACCAGCUACUCAAUCCAAUAUCAUAUCCUUUUUAUUCUGUACAUCAGUGCAGAUUUUGGCUAAAUAAUUUUACGUUCAAUUGCGGAAAUGCUGCGCGCUAAAUCAAAACGGAAGACGGCAUCACCAUAUGCACACCAAGGGACUAGAACAAAGAGGACCUACCAACAGAUAACUACAAGUACCACACAGGAUCCAAGCGCAUCCUGUCCUUCCCAUACAAUGGCCUCCGGAUCAACUGCCACAAUGGUCUCCAGUUCUGCUGCGAGGUCUACUCCUGAGACAUCCAGUACAUCAGAUUUCCAAGAAUGGGCGGCAGCGAUUGUUUGGAGAAUACAGAUGAACAAAACAUAGAUUGUGACACUCGAUUUAUAAAGGCACUUCCCAUUAUUCAGAGAAUAGACUCUGGAGAUAAAGAAGAGGUUCGAGAUCAUUUAAGGGAAAUAUCGAAAAAUAUUAAAAGAUACAAUGACGAGGACAAGAAAGCGUUGAAAAAUUGUUUACUUUUGAAUUUAGCAAUCACAUAUGACCCUAGCUGUGAAUGUGUCGAGAAGUUUUUAAAAUACCUCCCUGGUGACAUUUUAUCUGAAGAUGUUGACGGCCAAACUGCCUUACAUGUUGCCAUAGUCCAGGGGAAUUGUAAGGCUGUAAAAAAGCUUCUAGAAUGCUGUAAGACGAAAACAUUGUUAGAAAAGAAUGCCUAUGGAAUCCAAUUCAAGAACACUGUUCUUAUGGGACAGCUGCCGUUAUCGGUAGCCGCUCUCAUGCUGAAAGCAAACGAUUCAAACUCGAAAGAUAUUGUAGACCAACUUUUAAAAAACGGCGCUUUCAUUUCAAGGAAAAACAAACAUGGCGAUACAUUAUUUCAUUCGCUUAUCAAAUACGGUGACACUUACCCAGAUAAGAUUUUCGACGUUACUUUUGCUUUUAAGUAUCUGUGGGAGAAAUACACAGAGAUAGCCUCAGAUAAAAGAAAUAGUUUUAAACUUACAGAUAUUUUGUUCUGGGAAAAUAAAGAAAACUUGACACCGUUGCAAUUGUCUGCCAAGCUUGGCGUCGGUGAAAUCUUUGACUACAUUAUUAAUAUUUCAGACGUGUACUGUUUCCAAAAUGCUAAGGAUGGUCUCUUCGACAUCCGAACAUAUGAUGUGACUGAAUUUGACCGAUUGAUAGCGUACAUAGAUAAGUCCAAAAAUUCUUGGCGAAACAAAUUCGAACUUUCAAUAUUAGAAAUGUUAUUUGAUUCGCGUUGCAACCUGAACGAAGCUUUCCAAAUUCUUAACCAGAAAGUAGUUACAUUCAUCUUACGGAAGAAAUGGAACACCUAUCGGUAUCCUAUGGCAUUCUGGCUGAUUAUGCAUUUCUUCUUCAUUGUUUUCGCAACAAUUGUGACCGUGCAAAAAUCUGACAUUUUAGUAUGUUCUGACGGAAGCCUAGAUUCGUGUGAUUUAAAUGAAAAUCCCACUAUUAAUGGAGUUGCGUAUCUCUUGGUCGGAUUAACUUACUUCCUCAUUGUCGUUAUGGUUGUUUAUAAAUUACUUGCACGUUGUUGUUACGGAAGCCGUGGAUUAGUUUGGCAUAAUCUUGAUUACAUCAUUUGUUUGACUGUGGUGUCUUUUGGUGCUUUAUUAGAAUCUGUACUUACUUUUUUUCGGACUCAUUGGGACUAUCACCUGAUAUGCUUAUUGUUAUGUGGAUGGUAUUUUAUGAUUUAUUUUUCUCCUUUUCACAAAAAUAUUGUUGCUUUCACAUAUAUGAUGAAAGCUGGGCUUUUGGGGGACUUUGUUCCGUUUUCUCUUAUAUUCACAUUCCUUUUGAUAUCGUUUACUACGGUCAUGCAUGUCCUUUUUAAAGGGGCGGAUGAAGAUCCAGAGGAAUUCCAUACCUUUAGAGAGUCUAUUUUAACCAUGUUUAAGUUGGGGGUUGGUCUCAAUGAUAUCGGUGUUCUAAAUCAAUCGAGAAUCCCGUGGUUGGCAUAUACAAUGUUCGUGCUCUUUGUAAUUUUAUCAUUUAUACACUUGCUGAAUGCUCUUAUCGCCAUAAUGUCUCAGACGUUUUCAGAUGUUCACAAGGAAAAAAACUCAUAUCACAAAUACCAAAAACUGUGCAUGAUAGAGUUAUUUGAAGAUAUCAUGAUUACUCCUUUUCUGGUUAAACUUAUACCAUGUAUCGAUAGGGCAAAACACUGGACAACUCAGCGAGAGUUACCUCAUCCAGAGGACAAUGAUAUAAAGAGGUAUCGCUAUUUGACAACUGUUCACUCGUUGGACGAUUCUUUUUAUGAUAAGGAGGACAAAGAAGAGAAAAUGAAAUCUGAUGUACAAAUUAAUGUAAGUCAAGUGAUUGACUUGAUACGAAAAGGAAAUAAUGAGGUAAUCUAUUUGAUGCAAAAUGCAAAAAAUGAAAACAAAAAUGUAAUCAACGAGCGCGAAGACAUUACAUUCGUGGUGGAAAGGAGCGAUCGCGACCAAUCGCAACAAUUCCCUGAAGUUAACUGAAUUCAUUUAAUUUUCUAUGCCCAAGAAGAAUAUGCUAGUGCAUUUAUUGCAAGAUUUUCUUCUUAAAGGAAUGUCUCAGAAAGAUAAAAAAUCCAAUUUAAAUAGCUUGACAGCGAAUAAGAUACGGAAUAAGAAUUGUUAUGGAAUCAGAUGAUCUUUAUAUUGAAUGUUUUUAAUUUUCAUAUAAAUGUUGAAUAUGAAUAUGCCCUUUCUGCUGUUAUCACGCAACAAUGUGAAAACAUUAAUUAUCGCGUUCUUAUUUCUGCACAUCUGCGUAUUUUCAGUACUAUGUAUAUUAAACUUUAUUUCACACGUAUAUUUAUAUCAAAUGUAGACUUGACAUUUUUAAUGUGUGUUUGUUAUAUCCCAUUUUCUAGAACUCUUCCUGAUUGUUUGUAAACAAAGGUGGAACGUCGGAUUGGCAUUUUGACGUCAACGUUAUUGUUAAGUGUGGCAUUGGUAUGUGAAGGACUUUUCAAAUUAUCUACAACACAUUUCAAUGACCUUGCUAAAAUUGAUGUUCAAAUGUAAAUAUUUCUGUGUGACAAUAUCAAAAACAUACAUUUUUUGUUUUACAUGUAUUUGUUACUGAAAAUAAACAAAAUUGUGAUUUUCAAGAAAAGUGUUUAUAUCAGCAAUAAUGUUCGUGAAGUUAUCAAUACACUUUGCAAUAUAUGAAAUUUGAAAUUCUUCAAACAUUGUUUUAGAUGUUGUACUUUCAUAAAUCAUGAAUUUGAUAUGAAGUCUCAAAAUAAAUUUGAAUGAAUUUAAAA